UUAUGGAGACAGUGGCUCGCCAUAUUGCCAAAGCUGGCCUCGAACUCCUGGGUUCAAGCAAUCCUCCUGCCUCGGCCUCCCAAAGUGCUGAGAUAACGGGCGUGAACCACUGCGCCCAGACUCCUAUUUUUCAUCAAAUAAAAUACAACCGUUCAGAGGAGCAUGCUCAGCAACCGCAAGGACCAGUCCCAGCGCAUCCAAAGUGCCGGGAAGGGAAAGGAACAAAACUCCCCCAGGUAAGCUGUUUUCCCCACGCCAAGGGGCAGUCGCUCACCACCCAAGUUGCAGCUGGGGAGAGACUCACCCGGCGACUGCGUGCUUCGCACUUGAGUCUACGUUAGGAGGCCUCUGACCCUCUCCAGGGCCCCUGCGUGUGGAAGCCUCGGACGCUACUUGGAGAACCAGCCAACCCUGGCAGCACGGAAUUCGAACCGCCGCGGGAGCCGUUGGGACACGCCUACCCGGCCGCUGCCCCGCCCCGGCGCAGAUUGCGUGAGGCGCCGCCGGAGGCGCGGGGCUUGACGGGGAUCGUGGUCGGUGAGCGCGUCCGAGCCCACUAGCCGAGCCCGCCCGGGACUACAUUUCCCACAAACACCGCCAGGAUGCCCAUUGGUGGGGAAAGCCAUGGGAACCAGAGGCCGUCAGUGGGAGAGGCGGGCGGCGCUCACGCCUGGCCUGAGGGGGCCGAGACUGAGGUGGUUGCGGAACGGGGCUGGUGGCCCCGCCCUGAGUCCCUACCCUUUGGAGGCCUGCGCUUCUCCUUCGGAGGGAGUGUUCGCCGCCGCCGCCGCGGCCGCCACUUGGAGUUUCUUCAGACUCCAGAUUUCCCUGUCAACCACGAGGAGUCCAGAGAGGAAACGCGGCGGAGACAACAGUAUCCCACGCCUCUUGCAGCCCGGAUCACCCCAGCAGGGAUGGGCGACAAGACCUGGCUGCCCUUUCCCGUGCUCCUUCUGGCCGCUCUGCCUCCGGUGCUGCUGCCUGGGGCGGCCGGCUUCACACCUUCCCUCGACAGCGACUUCACCUUUACCCUUCCCGCCGGCCAGAAGGAGUGCUUCUAUCAGCCCAUGCCCCUGAAGGCCUCGCUGGAGAUCGAGUACCAAGUUUUAGAUGGAGCAGGAUUAGAUAUUGAUUUCCAUCUUGCCUCUCCAGAAGGCAAAACCUUAGUUUUUGAACAAAGAAAAUCAGAUGGAGUUCACACUGUAGAGACUGAAGUUGGUGAUUACAUGUUCUGCUUUGACAAUACAUUCAGCACCAUUUCUGAGAAGGUGAUUUUCUUUGAAUUAAUCCUGGAUAAUAUGGGAGAACAGGCACAAGAACAAGAAGAUUGGAAGAAAUAUAUUACUGGCACAGAUAUGUUGGAUAUGAAACUGGAAGACAUCCUGGAAUCCAUCAACAGCAUCAAGUCCAGACUAAGCAAAAGUGGGCACAUACAAACUCUGCUUAGAGCAUUUGAAGCUCGUGAUCGAAACAUACAAGAAAGCAACUUUGAUAGAGUCAAUUUCUGGUCUAUGGUUAAUUUAGUGGUCAUGGUGGUGGUGUCAGCCAUUCAAGUUUAUAUGCUGAAGAGUCUAUUUGAAGAUAAGAGGAAAAGUAGAACUUAAAACUCCAAACUAGAGUACUUAACAUUGAAAAAUGAGGCAUAAGAAUGCAAUAAACUGUUACAGUCAAGACCAUUAAUGGUCUUCUCCAAAAUAUUUUGAGAUAUAAGUGUGAAACAGGUAUAAUUUUAAUGUGAAAAGCCUUCACUUUCUGUGCAAGUAAUCCUGCUGAUCCAGUUGUACUUAAGUGUGUAACAGGAAUAUUUUGCAGAAUAUAGGUUUAACUGAAUGAAGCCAUAUUAAUAACUGCAUUUUCCUAAGUUUGAAAAAUUUUGCAAAUGUCUUAGGUGACUUAAAUAAAUGAGUAUUGGGCCUAAUUGCAACACCAGUCUGUUUUUAACAGGUUCUCUUACCCAGAACUUUUUUUUGUAAAUGUGGCAGUUACAAAUUAACUGUGGAAGUUUUCAGUUUUAAGUUAUAAAUCACCUGAGAAUUACCUAAUUAUGGAUUGAAUAAAUCUUUAGACUACAAAAGCCCAACUUUUCUCUAUUUACAUAUGCAUCUCUCCUACGAUGUAAAUAGAAUAAUAGCUUUGAAAUACAAUUAGGCUUUUGAGAUUUUUAUAACCAAAUAUAUUUCAGUGUAACAUAUUAGCAGUAAGUAUUCGUCUUUGUACUUAGCUUACGUUCCCAAAAGCUGACAUUUUCACGAUUCUUAAAAACACAAAGUUAUACUUAUUAAAAUUAGGACAUGUUUUCUCUUUGAAAUGAAGAAUAUAGUUUAAAAGCUUCCUCCUCCGUAGGGACACAUUCUCUCUAACCCUUAACUAAAGUGCAGGAUUUAAAAAUUAAAUGUGAGGUAAAAUAAGUUUAUUUUUAAUAUUAUCUGUCAACAGUUAAUAUCUGUCAACAGUUAAUAAUCAUGUUAUGUUAAUUUUAACAUUGCUGACUUGGGUAAUUCAUUGUUACCAGCAGUUGUGAAGGAAAUAUUGCUAAAAUGAUCUGGGCCUACCAUAAAUAAAUAGCUCCUUUUCUGAGUUCUAAGAAUUAUCCGAGACAAGAAAGAAUUUAGAAAAACUUGAGAACACCGAAUCCAAAAUAAAAUUCACUGAAGUAGAACUAUAAAUAAAUAUCUAGAAUCUGAUUGGCUCAUCAUGACAUCCUACUCAUAAUAUAAAUCAAAGGAGAUUAAUUUCCAGUUAACUGGAAGAAAUUAUUUGGCUGUAGGUUUUUAUUUUCAACAAGAAUUCUGGUUUGAAUUAUUGUUUGUAAGCAGGUACAUUUUAUAAAAUGUAAGCCCUACUGUAAGAUUUAGCACUGGGUGUACAUAUUUAUUAAAAAUUUUUAUUAUAACUUUUAUAAAAUGGCCUUUCUGAACACUUUAUUUAUUGACGUUGAAGUAAGGAUUGGAAACAUAGACUCCCAAGUUUUAAACACCUAAAUGUGAAUAAUCCAUAUAUACAAUAAAGUCUCUGCCAUCUAA